AUGUAUUCUCUUGUGCCUCUUCCCCAACUUCCUGCUGAAUCUUCCUGGAUACAGCUUUUUGGAACUGUACCAUGCUAUUCCACACUUGUCCCAUUGGAUGUGCGCUACGAAUUUGCGUCUGUCACGGAUUAUGUACAGUACAGACCUUGUUGGCGCAGAUGCGCUACAAAAACAGCAAAGGAUCGUAAUUUGACUUCGGUCGAUGAGUUGGGUGAAAGACGCGUGCUCGAUUACAUCCCAAAAGGAGAAUUCCUUUUUGGAGAGAUUCUUCCCAGACUUAUGGCGCCAGUCGUACGAAGAGGCUAUCUGAUUACUGAAGGAGACCCGCUGGUACUAUCUUGCGAGAUGCCCGUUGACGAACCUGGAGGAAUUCAGUGGUUUUCCAAAAAGAAAGGAGCAAUUCAAUUUAGAAGUGUAAUCAAGCAGUUUAAGGGACGAUUUUUGUUUGAUGAGAUGUCUCGUUUGUACAUAUCCAAGGUAGAACUUGAUGAUAGCGACGAGUAUUUGUAA